AUUUCAUUUCGUCAUUCGCCUUUGAACUCUAAAUUUUCUGUUCUUAUUUGCGUAAUAAUCGUCCUUCUGCGCUAUCAGCAAAACAUAUAAACAGCAGCUGACGAAUGUAAACCACAUGUCGUACGAUAUCAUACUACACACAUACUCACUAUACUCAGUCUCAGUCAUAACUUUGUUCGCGUUAGUUGCGUCGAUUCGUGUUCUUUGUUCUUUUAUAAAACUGAGCAAUGGCUUUGUGGAUAUACGGUGUGUUUUUGUUCAUAAGCCCAUGCUUAAGUUAUAAGCCGGUGGUUCUAAUACAUGGAGUGAUGACGGGCGGUGCCAGCAUGGAAAUGAUUGCGCACAGAAUCCAAGAGAAACAUCCAAACACAACCGUGUACAACUGCAACCGGUUUGAAAGCUGGUCCAGCCUGGAGAACAUGUGGCACCAGGUGCUGGAGAUAGGCCAGGAUGUAGCCAACAUCUCGGCGUGGCAUCCGGAGGGCAUUAACCUUAUAGGGUAUUCCCAAGGCGGCCUGAUAGCCCGAGGCAUCGUCCAGACAUUCCCUAACGUCUCUGUCAGCACCUUCAUAUCUCUGAGCUCACCGCAGGCGGGACAAUAUGGAGCCGGUUUCCUCCACCUAGUAUUCCCCGGCCUGGUAAAGGAGAGUGCAUAUGAGCUGUUCUACUCCCGAGUGGGCCAGCACACGUCAGUGGGAAACUAUUGGAACGACCCCUACCACCAGACCUUGUACGAGACGUACAGCGUGUACCUGCCUUAUAUCAACAACCAUCUUGCGUCAGCGAAGACGACUGAUUUCAAGAACAAUUUGCUGAGGCUAAAACGAUUUGUUCUGAUCGGAGGACCUGAUGAUAAUGUUAUUACUCCUUGGCAAAGCAGUCAAUUCGGUUACUACGACGCCAACGAAACUGUGAUCACAAUGAGAGACCAGCCAAUCUACAAAGAGGACAAAAUCGGCCUUAAAGAGCUGGACAAGAAAGGAAGACUUCACGUCGUCACUGUACCAGGAAUCAACCAUUUCAACUGGCACAUGAAUGUUAGUAUAGUUGACGAUUAUUUACUACCAUAUUUGGAUUAAUUUAAUUAGGAUUUCAUUUUAUUACGCCGUAAGCCGAGGCAAUUUUAUUUAAUUCCGUGUUUGUCCGUGGCGCUGCUAAAAGUUCCGCGGUAAGUCAGUAGAUGGCGCUUAAAUCAAAAUUGAAUACUUUAGUUAGUCUUUUUCCCGUACAAACGUAGUGGCGCCACGUAUUAGUAUCACAUCACGUCAAUAGAUGUCUCUGUGAUAAAUUCUUAUGAAUAGCUUGUAAAUUGCAGUCUAAAUUAUAUUUUUGUAAAUUCUAGAUCUGAACGAACUGUACAAAUGUUUUAUUAUCGUACAAAAAUCAGCCAUAUUUUUUUCACGCCUUACAAUUAUAAAUUAUAAUAUCGUUGAAUUGGAUUCGGCUGUAAUUUAGAAUUAGAUAGUAGAAUUGUAUUACUAAGAGGGAUUUAAUGUUUUGAAUACUCUCACCCAAGUAUUUUGGCUUUUUACCAAAUAAUAGCUCAAUUUUAGGAUGUAAGCGUGCAUUCUGGUAUAUUUGAUAUUUUUUGAUAUUUUAUAAUCAACUCAUCUGAGAACUAGGAACCCAUUUAAAUCAAUUAGUUAAUGUACGCAAUAAUAAUUAUUAUUAUUUUAUACGUCUGCAAUACUAAUAUUAUACCUAGUGAUGUUUGAUUUUAUAAAAAUCAUUAUUCGAAUAUGCAUGUGUGUGUGUAUGUGUGUGUGUUUUUGGUAGAAUAUGUUUUAAAUACCUACUACUAACUAUAGUAGUAUACAUGAUAUGAAUAUUUUUUAACAAUAUCGCCACUGAGGAGUGAAACUCAAUUUUUCUAUUGUUUUAUACCUAUCUAGAGCACUAAGUAUCAUGUUUUUUAUGAAGAAGUAAGUAGGUUAAACCUCUUUCUUAUUUUUAUAGGCGAUUUGAUAUGAUUUUUGUACAAUAUUUUUUUCUGUGUAGCUCUUUCUGUCGUAGAUACCUAACCCCUUAUUCAUAAAACUUUACGGGACAGUUUUAGCUAAAUUAUGUUUUGUCCCUUUCUUACAAAUACAUAACUCAACAUGAUAGAUAAAGAAAAACGAUUAUGAAAAAGGGGGCUAGUCUUCUAACAUAAUUUUAAUUUUUUUAAUUCAAUUCCAGAGAUGUGACAAGUCGAAGGUCUGAUUUUAGACAUACUCAUAUCAUAGAUAGGAUAUACAUUUUGUAAUUAUUAUUUUUAUUAUACAUGUCAUCAGUUUUUAUCAUUAAAUUGUGUUAUUGUAAUCAUUAUAGUC